AUGCUUCGCGGGAAUCCAUGCAUGGGUAUGAUGGAACGGGCACGGACUGCUAGGGAAACCCAAGGCCAAACCUCUAGCAGGAGGCUGCGGCUCGAUCUAUCGAGGACCAAUUACAACAGUAACAUUGUCAACAGUGAACACACUGCAAGACUACGAGCCAGGACUCCUGCUACUGCACUAGGACCCCUGGCACUACCAAGGGCCCAGAGUGUAUUCUAUGCUAACAACAUACUGGACAAAUGCUUGUGGCAGCAGCAAGUAGAAGACAACAGAGAUGAACAGGAGCACCAGCAACGCAUGGAUAAAGACAAGCAAGAGCGUCUGAAUCAAGAAUGCAUUAACGAAGAAGAAGAAACACGCAAAGAAGAGUGCAAGAAGAACAAGUUCAAGUAUAUCCCAAUUCUAUGGAACUCAGGUAUCCCAAACAAUCAGUCCGUUACCCCUUGCUUGUAUGCCCUGCGCAAGUUGGACAAAGGGGAAUACUUAGAGCUAUGGUACUUCAUGAACGAUGGAUUGGAUGAGGCAUCCAACUCAAAGACUACAGAUGACGAUGCCAUGAUUCUGUUGACUCUGGCUGAUGGUUCAAACACUUGGGUCUCUGCUGCUUCAACUUGCAACACGUGUUUGGUCAUCAAGGAUGAGGACUUGUCCUUCGAAGAAUUCUGCCAAGCAUGCCCUCGCUUUUUAGAGGCUUUAGAGGACACCAACUGGCCACAAGACUGGAUGAGAAUGAUGGCUCUCUUCUGGAGGAACUUGCAGGUCCACAAGUACCGGUCGCUUUGA